AUGGGCACGUGUCUAUCCCUCAUCGAGGAUACGGGCACGGGAACAUACGUCGAGAUCAAGCGCGACGACGGCACGCCGGUGGCGAGCGUUGGAUUGGGGAAAGGUCGCGAGUACCGGGUGCCGGUCCAGCUCAACACCACGUACGACAUCACCUUCCAUCAGGGCGCUCGUACCGUGACCAAACGAGUGUUCGUCGGAACCAUGCACACGCAGAUGGCUACUUCGUCCAUCUUCCACGAAGAGGUGAACGGCGGUGUCGCUUCGUCGACGGGUCUAGCGGCUCGUCCAGGUACCGAGGCCGAGACCGAGGAACGGGCCAAGUCGUGCUCAGAGCCGUCUCCUAAGCUUCCGGUAUACAGUGAUUAUUACCGCGGCGCCGUCUCGCCGCGCUUGCGUGCGACGCAGACUUCAGCUCGCCGCGGGGGCGUAUAUAAACCGAGCGGGCGAAGGUCGAACGACACGAAAGUCGAGUCUCUGAAUUUGAUAGUGCCCCUCGUCGACGACCCAGGAAACGACGAGUGCUAUGCGCGGGAGAUCGCCGCCGCCGCCAAAGGAUCGCGACACAUCCUCGAUCUCCCGUCCGAGAUCCUCGUCGCCAUCCUCGCCCACCUCGACUGGCGCGAGAUCUGCCGCGCCAACCUGGUCUGCCGGACGCUGCACCACCUCAUCGCGCACACGCUCGAACUGCGCUACCUCGUCGAACUCGGCGCGGACAACAUGCUCCCGACCCCCGACCCUUCCUCGACGCCGAUGCCGACCUACCUCCGCCUCGCCCGCCUGCUCGAGCGGCGCCGCGCGUGGAGCACGCUCGCCUGGUCGCCCGCGUCGCCCGCGCGGGUCCAGCUCCCCGGCCCGUGCGCCGCGUACGAGCUCGUCGGCGGCAUGUUCUGCAAGUCGAUGAAGCGCGGCGAGCAUAGCCAUUUCGUCGCGUGCGAGCUUCCGUCUCGCGGGGAUAACGUCGAGGGCGAGGACGAGGGCGAGGGCGUGGGGGUAGAGGAAGAGGAAGAGGGAGGUGGGGGGAGGAAGACGGUGACGUUCGAGGACGUGGGGUUGUGCGCGCGCGAUUUCGGGAUCGAUCCGAGCCAGGAUCUGGUGGCGUUCGUGGAGGCGGAGGAUCCUGGGUUCUUCAACGCGUCGCAUGCGGUCGUCAUUCAUCUGCGCACGAUAUCGGGGAACAAGGACCAUCCGGAGGCGCAGGUGCCCGUGUUGUGCUGCCCGACGCCGUUCAGCGUCACGCAGGCGUUCAUCCAGGUCUGCCACGACGUGAUCGGCUUUUUCUUUUGGGGCUCCGGGCCGGGGCUCCUCAUCUGGAACUGGAAGACGGGGUGCCUUCUCGUCCACGGGAUCGGGAUCCACAGGACGCUGCCCGACCAUACCUGGGACUUUGCCUUUUUGUCCAACAGGUCGUACAUGCUGUCGAGCUUGAAACAUUCCGGCGCGCUGCACCUCUUCACGUUCGACUCUCCCCCUCCGUCGUCUCCCUCCUCCUCCUCCUCCUCCUCCUCCUCGUCUUCUCCUCCGGCCCCGUCGGUUAGCCCCGUCGCGCCCACGCACGCCGCGACGCUGCACCUGCCCUCGAUCCGGCCCGAGAUCGCGGUGUCGAACCUGUCGACGCACGCCGGGCCCGUGUGCGCGCGAGGAAGGGGGAGGGCUUCGGACGCGUUCGUGAAGGACGCGCGGGCGCGGAUCCACGUCGUGACGGUGCAUUAUGCGGGGAUCGUGCCCGAGCCCGGGGAGCCGCGCGGGCGGUGGAGUCUGUUCGUGAGGAACGGGACGUUGGAGGGGUGGGCGAUGCGCGGGCGGGGAUGCGGCGAUGGGAUCGGUGGUGAGGUGGAGGGUGGAGGGGGCGCGUUGCAGGUGCCGUGGGAGGAGUGGGGGCCGCGCGAGACGAGGGCGUUGGUGCCGCAGACGCCGUUCAGUUGGUUGAGGUAUGUGGACGGGGAGAGGGUGGUGUUGCCCGCGGCGCCGGUGCCGACGACGUCGCUCGAGGUCGUGCGCGUGCUUGAUUUUAAUGUGCGCCCGCGGCGCCCGGAGGCGCAGAGGGGGGUGGGCGAGCCGGGGAGUAGGACGGUGCAUGUGGAGGAGGUGGUGGGGGAGGAGAGGAUUUCGAGGGGGGAGGUGUGGGAGAGGGACGUGGUGACGAGCUUGCCGUACAGGAUGGUGUCGACGGCGGGGUUGAGCGGGUAUUCGGGCUUUAUGAUCGACGAGGAGAGGUUGGUGGGGAUCAAGUCCUCGAUCUCGAGCCAGGGCGACUUUGGAGAUAUCCAUGUCUUCAAUUUCUGAUUCGUCGGCGAGUCUGGGACAUUGGGCUUCUCUCUCUCUCUCUCUCUCUCUCUC